UUCCACAAUGGAGCUCCUAUUGGUAGUAUUGUAUCUGGCUUGUAGUGUAAAUUCACAAGCAAAUCCCGAUGAAAACAGAGGAAUCAAGGCAUCGAACGUCUUUGAGGGUGAUAUGAUUAUCAAUCCCAGCCAAAGRCUCGCAGCACAAUUGGGAGUCGAUAUCGACUCUUCCAUGACACGAGGCUCAAUAAAAACCAAGCAUUGGCCAGGAGGAGUUUUGGUAUACGACAUCGCACCACAACUCAAGGGAAAUUCCCAAGCAAUGGACGCCAUUCGAAAAGGAAUGAAAAUGUGGUCAGACAAUACUUGCAUUCAAUUCAAACAAAGAACAUCUGAGUCAGCGUACGUGUAUAUGCAUAUUGGACAAGGGUGUUCUUCUGAAGUUGGAACACAAAACAGGUUACAGUAUCUUAGUCUUGCGUCUGGUUGCUGGACACCUGGAAUAGUGGCUCACGAGUUAGGUCACGCUUUAGGAUUUUAUCAUGAGCAGUCUCGUCCAGAUCGCGACAAUUACGUCACCAUUUACUGGAACAACAUUCAGAAAAACAUGAGAUACAACUUUGACAAGUACCCACGAUCGACCAUYGACUCACUGAACACAGCAUAUGACUACGCUAGUAUAAUGCACUAUGGCCCAACAGCAUUCGGCAUCAACUUUAAAGUUACGCUUGCACCUAAACGGCAAGGGGUCACGAUUGGUCAGCGUAACUAUGUCAGCAAAAUCGAUAUCCAGCAAAUGAAUCUUCUGUAUAGAUGUAGCGGUGGUGGUGGUGGAGGAGGCGGUGGUUCGUCAGUUUGUGCAGACAACGAUAAGAAUUGUGCGUACUGGGCAAGCAUUGGAGAGUGUUCAAAAAACCCUUCUUACAUGUUUGUCAACUGCAAGAAAAGCUGUAACCAAUGUUGCAUUGACACUGACAAGAACUGCAGUUACUGGGCAGGAAUCGGCGAGUGCCAAAAGAACRCAACAUGGAUGCUUGCCAACUGUAAGAAAAGCUGCAAGCAGUGCUAAAGCGGUUUCCUAAUUACAUAAAUGACAUGUAAUAAGUGUGUAGUCAAUAAAGCAUGAUGUCAUUUUAUUGUGUCA